AUGAAUUUUUUUCAUUACUAUGGUAAUAACAACACGAUAACAUACGAGGGUUUCGAACAUUUAUUAGAAAAUUUAGGUUUGGGAGAAUUGAAAUUUGAAAAAAAUCACGAUUUAUCGACUCACAUAGUUAAUGGAACGUUUAAAGACGUACACGAUGAAUUGUUUUUACACAAACACGAUCAUAAUUUAUCAGAAAUUCAAAAUAUAAAUAAAAGGAAUAAGAGAAAUGCAUUAGAUAACCAAAGAAAAUGUUUAACACCUCAAGAUAUAUUGCUCGCAUUUGGACUUCAACCUCAUCACAGCGUAAUCAUUUCUCCCAACAAAUAUUUACAAAUAUGUCCGGCCAUUAUUUACGAAUUGGAUAAUAAAUUAUGUCAAAUCCAAGAUGAAUAUUUUCAAGAAAACAAGGAAUAUUAUUUAGUUUGGAUCUAUGCAACUAUAUCGAUAUUGAUUAUGGGAAUUUCUGGAAUGGUUUGCGUACUAAUCGUUCCAGUUGUUAAAAAACACGGGUAUUCGUACAUAAUACAAUUUUUAGUAUCUUUAGCUGCUGGAACAUUAUGCGGUGAUGCACUUAUUCAUUUACUACCACACGAUAUUUUGAUAAUUAACAAUAAUAAUAAUAAUAAUAAUAAAUUAAAUGCCGUAACUAAGGUUUUCGUACAAAAAAAUGUUUCCAGAUCGGAUACGACAUUAAUUUUUAAAGGAACCCUCACAUUAUUUUCAAUUUUUUUAUUUUUCAUCAUUGAAAACGCACUCAAAGAAAUUAAAUCAAAGAAAAAUAUUAAAAAAUCUAACGAAAUGGAUAAAAUGUUACCUGGAAUUGUUAAUAAAGUUGAAAUUGACGAACGACAUCAACAUCAUCAUCAUCAUCAUCACCAACAUGACCAUCAAGUAAAAGAUGUCAACACUUUAGCAUCAAUGACCAUCAUCGGUGAUAUUCUUCACAACGUUACCGAUGGUCUUUCGAUUGGAGCUGCUUUUUCCUCAAGAAUAUCAUCCGGUUUUGCUUCUUCCAUAGCCAUUUUCUGUCACGAAUUACCACACGAAAUGGGUGAUUACGUCGUACUUUUGGAAAGUGGAAUGAGUGUUAAAAAAUCACUUUUUUAUAAUUUUUUAUCAUCCGUCUUCAGUUUUAUUGGAAUGGUAGCAGGUAUUCUCAUGGGUGAAAUCUACGAUGCUUCUUUAUGGAUAAAUGCAUUUACGGCAGGAAGUUUUUUAUACAUAGCAAUUUCUGACUUACUACCGGAAAUGAGAUCAAAAGCAUUUCACAUAAAACACGUUCUUGCACAAAUAUUAGGAGUUACUUGCGGAGGAUUAUUAAUGUAUGUCAUUGCUAUUUACGAAGAUAAAAUCGAAGAUGUUCUAUACUAA